AUGGAGAUCGAGCAUCUUCGGGAGCGAAACCGCUUGAUCCAAUCCUUCGAAGCAACGGAUCACCAGAGAAGGACUCACCCGCCAUCACGUACCAACGCCACCGUGGACAAGGGUUGCGACGAACGGUGCCACUGCGAGGAGGACGGCAAAUGGCGCUGCGAGGCCCGUUGCGGCCGGCCAUUCGUGAAACGCGGCAAAACGGCUCUGGCAGCCGGUUGCUACGAGAAUCCCUCCAAAACGGACGAGUGCUGUGCCACGCUAAUCUGCCCUUCAGAGCGGUUCACCGAUGGACGUGUCGAACCGACGCCCGUCUCGGAGGAACCGACCACCGCCAAGGCGAUCGUGACGAGCUGCAUCUACAAGAACCGCUCGUACGACAUCAACGAACGGAUGGAGAUCGGUUGCGAGCAGAUCUGUACCUGCAACAGCGAUGGUGAGAUGGAGUGUGCUCCACGCUGUGCUCCACUUAACUCGACCCGCCCAGAACAGUGCGUCGUCCUGCCUGACCCACACGAUCCUUGCUGUAAGCGCGAGUUCUGCGAUGUCACGCUGGACGACCACGAGCAGAGCAGCGGUGUGAUGAUGAUGAUGGCACCGGCUUCAUCUUCAUCGUCACCUUCGACGACGGUGGUGCCGGAACGGGAUGGAAAAACACCCGGACCGGAAGCUGACCACCGGUCCACCGGAUGUGAGUUCAAAGGCCGCACGUACCAGCUGAAUGAUCAGUUCCACGACGAGUGCAACGCGCUGUGUCUGUGUACGGAGGCUGGUGUGCACUGUGCCAAGAUCGAGUGCCCGUCUGAGUUUGGGUUGGACGUGCUGGAUCCGCACUGCCUCAAGUGGGGUCCGGAUCCGGCCACAUUCCGUGCGAUCGCACCCCGCUGUUGCCCGGAGCGGAUGCGUUGCAUCGACAAUGGGACGUGCGAGUAUAAGGGUCAGUUCUUCGAUAACUGGUCGGAUAUACCGAGCAAUUUGACGGGUUGCGAGCAGCACUGUUACUGUGAUACCGGCAUCGUCGAAUGUCGACCGGCGUGUCCUGCCGUGCCAGCGACGCCACCUUCUCAUCUACCGUGUAGCCCACGGAACGCCCGGUUGAUGCCGAUUCCGGGUGAAGAAUGCUGCCAGCACUGGACUUGCAGUGUCAACACCGAUAACGGUCUGGCCAGCGGCAGCGACGUGUUGAAGCCGCUGCUUAUGCCGGGCACGAUCGGGCAAUUCCUGCCAACGAAACCGCCUCGCACGGACGCGAAACCCCCACCGGACGCGCCCGGGAAGGAACCGACGCCCUUCUACCCGACGGUGGACGGAAAACCACCGAAGGUACCGCAGGACAAACCCCACAAAAAGUACACCAAGGAGGACGCCGGUAAGAAGGAUCACUUCAACAACAUCUUCGGUGGCGCCCAACCUGAGGAGCCCGAGCUGGACGAUGGCAAGUACGAUUACGGCAGCUACGAGGACGCGAUGAAACCGGCCACGCUCGGUGUGCAACGUCCCGGUCCGCCCGGGUACUAUGGGCCGGAAAUCAAGCCCCACUACGGUGCUGAUUUUCACCUGUAUCUGCACCCGGCUUCGGCAGGCGUCCAACCGGCCGGACAACCCGUUCCGACGGCACCCGGUCAGCCGGGACUACAUCCUGGCCAGCAUCAGGCGAGUGCGCUCGAUAAGCAGCUGUUGAACGUGCUGGGACCAAACGGACCGGGUAGUUUACCGCCCAACAUCCGCAUCGAGCAGCUGCUGCAGCACAUCCACGGACAGGAUCCGAAUCUGCCACCGCAAGGACCUCCAUUGUUGCAUGGCCAGAGCCUCCCGAAUGGGCCGCCCUUUGGGCCGGUUGGAUCGCAACCAUCGACGGGCAACGGCAUCAACUACAACCAGUACGGUGCCGGCACACCCGCUGGUGGGCUAGCGUUCUCCGGACUGCAAGUCGACCUGAAAGUGCUCGCCCUGGACGCGAUCGAUGCGAACACUGUGCGUGUCAUUUUCCUCGUGCCGCAGGUGUACGUGGGACUGCAUGGUCGCGUUGAGCUGCGAUACACGCGCACUCGCAACAACGACACCGCCACAUGGCAAUCGCAGGUGUUCGCACCACCGGACGAUCUGAUCGCGACACCACAGCUCGAGUUCGAGCUGCCAGGACUGAACGCCAACACGGAGUAUCGCGUGAAGAUCACGCUUAUCCUGCGAGACGUCAACUCGCAACCGUCUAGUCAGAUCUACACCGUCCGUACGCCCUCGGAUCGCGUGAUCACGCCACCACCCGCGAUCGGUUCCGGACACUUCCCGCACAUGAGCCACCCAACGAACUUUCUCAAGGAGAUCAUCCAGGAUCCGGAGCUGCGAGCUGCCGAGGUGAACGCGACUUGGGCGAAGAUCGCAUGGCGCAAGCUGGAUGAUGAGGAGCUCGAUUACGUGGACGGUAUACAGCUACGGUACCGUGAGAUCGACAGUGUCGUGUACCAUGCGACCCCACUCAUCCACCGGGCGUUGAGUGAAUACACCGUGGAGGGUUUGCAGCCACAAACGCGUUACGAGGUGGGCAUUUUCUUCAUACCGUUUCCGGGUCACGGUGAAGAGGUGCGGGCUGGUGACAUGCUACCGAUCACCACCGCCGAGCGGAUCGACGUGUACGGAUUCGAGGUGGUGGUGAACGCCAGCAAGAUCAAAGCCACCAGCGUCGAGGUGAGCUGGUUGGGUGUGCCCUACCCUGAGGACAAGUACAUCAAAGGACCGAGCUUUCUAUGGACGGCCAUUCAUCAGCGUGCAUUCACGUACACUGGAAUUGACUAUUUCGGCCCAAUGAACGUAGUAGUUGGACGUCGCCAGGAGAAACGUUGGGGAGUGAUUUUCACUUGCUUGACGACACGAGCAGUACACCUAGAAAUCGCUCACUCACUAACAAGUUCGUCCUGCAUCUUAGCGAUCCGUCGUUUUAUUGCUAGACGAGGAGUUCCGCGCGAAAUCAUCAGCGAUAGAGGGACAAAUUUCGUAGGCUCAUCGAGAGAGUUGAGGGAAGCCCGGAGGAAUGUUGAUGAGGAUAAGUUGAUUGCCGAGUUUACUAGUCCUGAGUUGAAGUGGAGCUUCAACCCGCCAGCGGCUCCACAUUUUGGAGGGUGUUGGGAACGCCUCGUUCAGUCGGUGAAAAAAGUACUUAGUCAGUUCGAGAUGCCGCGUACGCCCAACGACGAAAUAUUGCAAUCUACGCUGGCCGAAAUAGAAAUGAUAGUGAACUCAAGACCCCUGACCUACGUACCUCUGGACGAUGAUUUCGCACCACCCAUAACCCCCAACCAACUGCUUUUGGGUAGUUCUAACGGUAGCAAGCCGCCCGCGUCACUUGAUGAUACAGCAGGGGCCAUAAAAUCCUCAUGGAAAGCGUCGCAGCGCAACGCGGAUCUUUUUUGGCGAAAAUGGGUAGCCGAGUACCUUCCGACGUUGACACGCAGAACCAAGUGGUUUCAUCUGGCUCGUCCUAUAGAGGAAGGUGAAAUAGUUUUGAUAGCAGACAACAACAUGCCCAGAAAUUGCUGGCCUAAGGGAAGAGUAGUGGCUGUCGUCAGAGCCGCCGACGGACAGGUAAGGCGAGCAACUGUGCAGACCGCUAGCGGAUUGAUGGAACGACCUGCAACAAAAAUAGCGGUGUUGGAAGUACGGAAGUAG